AUGACAGGGUCUUCUUCUGGGCUUCAUGAACGAAGAAGACGCCCCCUGUGGAAGGGCUACUUCUACGCUACCCUGAUGUUCCUGCUGUCCUGUCUCCAGUCCCUGUUCAACCACCAGUACAUGUACACCUGCUUCACCGUGGGCAUGAGAGUGAAGACAGCCGUGAUGGGACUGGUCUACAGAAAGUCUUUGGUGAUCAACAGCGCAUCCAGGAGGACGUGCACAGUGGGGGAGAUCGUCAACCUGGUAUCAGCCGACACUCAGAAGCUCAUGGACUUUGUGGUUUACUUCAACGCAGUGUGGCUGGCUCCUAUCGAGAUCGCUCUCUGCCUCUUCUUCCUCUGGCAGCACCUAGGCCCAUCUGCGCUAGCCGGAAUUGCCACCGUCAUCCUCAUCUUCCCACUCAAUGGAUUCAUCGCCAAGAAAAGGAGCAAACUGCAGGAGGUACAGAUGAAGUUUAUGGAUGGGCGAAUCAAGCUGAUGAACGAGAUCCUGAACGGGAUCAAGAUCCUGAAGUUCUAUGCAUGGGAGAAGGCCUUUCUGGAGCAGGUCCUGGGAUACAGGGAGAAAGAACUGAAGGCCCUGAAGAAGUCCCAGAUCCUUUACUCCAUCUCCAUCGCCUCCUUCAACUCAUCCACUUUCCUG